AUGGCCGCCUGCCAUCCCCGGCCACCCCUUCAGCACCAACAACUGCAGCAGGAAUCGAACCCGAUUGGAAUCGGCGGUAUUACGGGACUGAAUCGAAUUGGACCGCAGGGCCAGCAAAUUCAUCAACAGACACAUUAUGCCCAUCCGCAUCGACUAAACUGGGUCUAUUUGACGAUUGCUGAUCAAAAUCCGACUCAACCUGACCAGAAUAAGCUGCUACCGACAACAUGGGGGAGUUUUCCAACCGCGUCACCUCAGACCUAUCUUCAUCAAAGUAUUGUGAAUUCAUCUGGGAUUGGCGGAAGCCUGGCAGACAGUAUUGGAGAUUUGGCUGAACAUUUCACGGAACUGGGAAUUCUGGAAAGAAAACCAACGAAAAGGCCACCUUCCACUUAUUUGUGUCACCUUUGUUUUAAAAAGGGGCAUUACAUCAAAGAUUGUCCUCAGGCUCGACCAAAAGGCGAAGGUCUUACGCCUUAUCAGGGGAAAAAAAGAUGCUUCGGCGAAUACAAGUGCCCCAAAUGCAAGCGCAAAUGGAUGUCUGGUAACAGCUGGGCCAAUAUGGGCCAAGAAUGCAUAAAAUGCCACAUCAAUGUUUAUCCACACAAACAGAGACCACUGGAAAAACCGGACGGUCUUGAUGUUUCCGACCAAAGUAAAGUACAUCCUCAACAUCUUUGUGAAAAAUGCAAAACACUCGGAUAUUAUUGUAGACGAGUGCAGUAGUAAAAAAAUCUUUAAAAAUGCCUCCUUACAUCUGAUAAAAUACAGUUACCUUUUUUUUAAAUAAAAGAAAAUUUAAAUUAAAUUAUUAAUUUGAAAGAUCACCAUUAAUUUAAUUUAAAUUUUUUAAUUCUAAGAAUCAUCACCGGGCUUCUUUUUGAAGCUCAAAACAUUUUUUCUCGUCUUAACUUUAUGUUUAAAAAGUAGAUAAUUUAUUUUUAGGAAGUACUUAAAGCAUUUCGAAACCAAGAAAAGAGGGAAAUUUUUUUCAGUACCAAAAAUUUUGCAAGUAGAAAUGAUUAAUUUUUGUCAAAAAAUAUUUUUUGGUUUUUGAUACAAAAUGGCCGACAUUUUUUAAGAUUGGAAAAUCAAACCUAGAUUGUUGGAAACUAUGGGUACCCCUCACUAUAUAUGUGUUAUAUUUAUAGAGUCUCUAUGUUUAGAGAAACAUGGAAAUCAGUAGACAAGAGAAAAAAAAUAUAUAAUAAGAUUUCAAAAAGUUAAAUACAGCGGAAAUCCCUUCUGAAAAAUA